GUAUGUGACGUCUGACAGAACAUAAAAUCAUUUUAAAGGCAGAGCAGGUUUUGUUAAAAGGUUAUGUAAAGAAACAUUUCUGCACUUUUUUUGUUAAAAAACCCCAGGAAUGUCUAUUGAGAAAGUGAACGUGUCAAUUUUGAUUGCAUGUUUAUUUUGAUGUUAUAAAUUAGGCUAUUUAACCAUUUUGGAUCACCAUAUGUUGAUUGGAAAAUGUUGAUUGCUAUGUUAUGUUAGGUAUGUAAUGACAUCCAGAAGACUGAGAAAUAUGGUUUCCAUAUAAAAUUACAGUUACAAUGAGCCAAUUGUAAUGUAGACCAGCUUUGGUGAACUGCUAAAUUCAGAGUCCAUUUUCAUUGGCUGAAGUGUGUGUGUGAUUGUGGACUGAUGUUGCAGAUUGGGGGUCAAGUGCAAUGUGUGGAGAAAGAACUGAAGCACUAGUCGGUGUAUCACUAUCUGAUCUUUUUAAGGAUCCUCAUGACUUUCUGUUUCUACUGGCUAUCCUCCUUUUGCUGAUGCUAUGAUUUUAUUUUUCUUUUAUUGUUUUUUUUUUUUUUAAUUUGGCAGUUCCCAUGGACAUCUGUACCAACAUGAUAAGACUGUAAUUGUACCAAUAUCUGCUCCAGGGUUCAGAUAAUUUUGAAGAACGUCACAUGAAUAGUCAAAUGGUCCAUCUUGAAAAUAUCUCUGUGAUAUAUUCAGCUAAAUCGGCAUAGAAAAACGUCUGUCACAGGGCUCUUUUUUACUCCCCCUUUUUUCCUCUGACAAUUUUACACCAAAUAUAAUGCUAUACGACUACAGUUAAUAAAAAUGACUGAGGGGUUGGUUAAAAAUGGGAAAAUAUGCAUAAUGAGUAAUAGAAAUUAACAUAGGGAUUUACACCUUAAUGAAGGGGGCAAAUGGUAUGGAAUUAGUUAUUUCCCAAGUGUGUGAUGCUUGCGAUGUUUAUUCAAAUGGAUGUUUUCAAGUGUACUGAAUGUGUUAUUUGGAAAAUAUGCAUCGUAUAUCACUAAACCAUGUCAAGAAGCAAAAUCACAAGAUGCCAAUAUCGCUAAUAUGUAAGAAGGAUCUUUUGAAUCAAUUGUACGAUAUCAUUUACAAAAAUGGGAACAUUAUGCACAACAUCAGCACAAUUGAGGCUUUUUCACAGUGCACCAACACAUAAAAGCGAAACAAAACAUAUGAGCUUGCGCCUUUGUGGAAUUUCAGUGUAAUACAUUUGCAAAUGCAAUUCUCAUAUAUGCAGAGUAUAAGGAGACACUGAAUCACAUUAAACAUCAAACAGAAUACAUCAGCAGAGCUAUGUGAUCCAUGUCCGUGUGUUUUUAUAGUAAUGGUAUUUAAAAUAAAGCAAAAUAAAUUCAUUAUUGAUACCAAACCUUCACUAUCUGGACCUUUAGAGACCCCGUAUGGGUGGUAAUCAUAGUCUACAACGGGUCUAAGCAAGCUAAUAUGUGUUUAUGGCAUUUGAUUGAAUAUCAGUACUUGGAAAGCCAAUUAGUAGUAAUUUGCACAAAAGCAGGAGAAAUGUGAUUGUUAAUAAGCGGUGACUCAGAAGUGCCAUUUACCAUUUGCAAUGUUCAGAAACAAAAAUGUCAAUGAACAAAAUAAACUAAAAAAAAAAAAAAAAAAAAAAAAAGGACAUUCAAAACCAUCCACAGUACGAGUCAGAGGUAUCCCAGACCAAACCCUAAAGUCUGCAUAAUGACAAAUGGUAGGCUAUAUAUUAUACAGAGGAGUAGGACUAAUUUGACAGCGAAACAAGAACAAGAGCUUCAUAUGAAGCAGGAACAUGCAUAGCUUUAUGAUUAGAUGGCAAAAGGCCAUGAACACGCAAUUUAAGCUUCUCUCCGGAAGACUUUCUUGGCACUUUGCCUAAAGAGCACGGGGUUGUUUCAGGUCAGGCCUGGUGUGUUAUUGUAAAGGAAGUGCAGAGCAUUCGACUCGCUGUAUUUCACUUCCUUGUUUUUCACGUGCCGGAAUCACAUUUGAGAAAUCUGACACUGACAAGAUGGCAAAGCAGUGAAAGGUUGUUGACUGUCAAAAAAUAAAAUAAAAUAAUUGUAGGUUUUCAUGCAAACAUAUUUUAUGCAUCUAAAAUGCACAAGGAGUUGCCAUGCAUGAGGAUCACUGAGGAUCAGUCUGAACAGGGUGACUUUGAAGAUUCUGCAUGAGGUUAGAUUGUGGCCAGAACAAAAUGAAAUGAGUGGCUAACAACUGACCUCUUCCGCUGCACCACCACCACCAGCAAACUGUAGCAUCUAACCAGUGCCUCUUCACCAGCCUGACACACAACGCACCCACAUACACACAAUUACCCAACAGAACACCAUCAGACUGUGACAUCAGGUGCAAGGGGAUGACCGAACGCAUUCACCACAUUAAUCUCCACAACUUUAGCAAUUCUGUACUUGAGACCCUCAAUGAGCAGCGAAACCGCGGGCACUUCUGUGACGUGACUGUUCGGAUCCAUGGUAGCAUGCUGCGAGCUCACCGUUGUGUGCUGGCUGCAGGCAGCCCCUUCUUUCAGGACAAGCUGCUCCUGGGCUACAGUGACAUCGAGAUCCCCUCUGUGGUUUCUGUACAGUCCGUCCAGAAACUGAUUGACUUCAUGUACAGCGGUGUGCUGCGGGUCUCCCAGUCUGAGGCCCUGCAGAUCCUCACAGCUGCCAGCAUACUUCAGAUCAAGACCGUUAUCGAUGAAUGCACCCGCAUUGUUUCACAAAAUGUUGGCAUUGCUGGACCUGGCAGCUUUUCGGUCGUCCCAGGCGACUCGGGGCAGGAGACACCACGGGGAACUCCUGAGUCUGGCACGUCUGGUCCCAGUAGUGAUGCCGAAUCAGGCUACAUGCAAACAUCUCACCAGAGCCUUGACCGUGUUUAUUCCUCACUUUAUUCCAGCUGUUCUGGGUUGGGCCUGCAAAACGGUACCCAUGGAAAUCGCUCCCACUAUUCCAGUGCCGCGAUGACAGCCAGCUAUGACUCACCCCUUCCACUACAGCAUAAGGAGGGAGGGCAAGAUCCUGCCUGGAUCACACGCAUCCACGAGCGUUCGCAGCAGAUGGAGCGCUUCUUGGCCACGUCGGAGACUACACACUGCCGUAAACAGCCUCGUCCCGUGAGGCUCCACACAGGUGAUAUUCACAUCAAGCAGGAGCAAGGGGACGAGUACAACUGCUAUGGGCUUGAGGACUGCCGCGAGGACAGCGAACAGCUGGAGUGCGUCGAAAGUGAGCCCAAAGGCGAGAGUUUUGACUCCGGUGUCAGCUCUUCCAUUGGCACGGAAACGGAUUCUGUCGAGCAGCCUUUCUUGUCUGGGUUCACUCGAGACAACUGUCCAAAUAAAGGCCAGCAAGGUGAGCAUGGAACCCCUGUGCAGAUUGAGGUCAACGAUUCAUCUCCCGAGCAGACUCAAGAGUCGGUUGAAGAUGGGAAUAGAAACGGUCCUUCUCAAGAGAGUGGUGAGCUUGUAGUCCAUCAGCCGCCACAAGCCAACCUAACAGCACCACAGUCCAUGCCUGGUGGGCCGUACCUGCGGCCAGGUGAGCCACUUACCAGCAACCUGCGUAUGCCCCUCACCCUGACCAGCAACACCCAGGUAAUGGGAACUGCAGGCAACACUUACUUGCCUACACUCUUUGCAACCCAGUCAGCCAGCGACAACAAGCCUUUCCUCUUCAGUCUGCCCCAGUCCAUUGGGAGUCAGCAGCCACAAUUUGUGGCAGUACACUCUCCCAGCAUGCCUCCAUUCCCCAGCGGACUGACGGUGCCACCAGGUGGAAGUCAGCAGCAAGGUGGUCCUGCAGUGGGACAGCAUGGGGAGAAGAAGCCCUAUGCAUGCACUCUUUGUUGUAAGACCUUUACUGCCAAACAAAACUACGUGAAACACAUGUUUGUGCACACAGGUGAAAAGCCACACCAGUGCAGUAUCUGUUGGCGUUCGUUUUCGCUGAAGGAUUAUCUCAUCAAACACAUGGUUACACAUACAGGCGUCCGAGCAUACCAGUGCAGCAUCUGCAACAAACGCUUCACCCAGAAGAGCUCACUCAACGUCCACAUGCGCUUGCACCGUGGAGAGAAGUCCUACGAGUGCUACAUCUGCAAGAAGAAGUUCUCCCACAAGACCCUGCUGGAGCGCCACAUGGCCCUGCACAGCACCGAAACCAGGGUCACUGGGGUCAGUGUGACUGGGAGUGCCGGAGGCCCCGCAUCAAUCCCGGUUCCGAUGGCUGUUCCCGAGCCUGGAGCGGUGGCUCUCGCCAUGCCGAUGGGAGCGGGCGGAGCAGGGGGUGGAGUCGGAAGCACCGGAGUGGGCGUUGCUGCAGAAGCGAGCUGCCAGGAGGGGACCACCUACAUGUGCUCCGUGUGCCCUGUCAAGUUUGACCAAAUUGAGCACUUCAAUGACCACAUGCGCAAGCAUGUCUCCGACGGAUAAGUACAAAUAAAAAAACUUGCGUAAACAUGGAAAAAUAAUGAAAUGAUAACAAAAAACGGCACUAGAUUUUUUUUCUUAUAUUGGGGCAUGAAGAGUAAUGAGUAUAGACACUGGCACAUUAAGUUUUCUAGGAAAAAAAAAAGCGUUUAAUUUCUUUUCUUUUUUUCUUUUUUUUUGUCCUUGCUAUUCUUUAAGAAUAAAAAAAAGAUGGUGGCCUUAAGGCUGUGUAGUUGGAUAAUGAUCCACUGGCUGGAUCCAUACUACUGGCCUCUAAAUGUAUGCUUUCCUUAAAUACUGAUUUAUGUGUUGAACACUACCGAAAGGCCUGCGAAAGAACACACAAGAAAAAAAAAUUCACAUGCGCACACACACUCAGACAUACACACAAACACAAAUACACAUACCCAUGCAUGCACUCACAUGCACAAACUACUUAUACACACUUAUAUAUGUUAGAGGUAUUUUGUACGUAUGUGUAUUUGUGUAUGUGAGCGUGCGUGUGCACAGAAAUAAAUAUUGCAGUGAAUUUUUUAAACUUGUAGAUCUUUUCCCAUGUAGACCGUAUUGGACACUAUAAGCGUCCAAGCUUACUGUGGUAUAGAUUCAAAAAAAAAAAAAAAAUACAGAAAAAGAAAUUUGGCUCUAGAUUCAUUCUAAAAUAAUGAUGGUCACGUGUUUGCCUUUUUAUGUGCGAUAAGAAUAGGAGAGUUAUUCAAUUUGACACUGGGUUUUUAUUUAUUAUUAUGGCAUUGAGGGAUUAUGAUGUUGAUGUUGUCAAGGUACAAGCCAGUUUUACUAACUGUACUAAAAUGGAAAUUUUUGAGUGGCUUGAUGAAUGAAUGAUUAUUAUGAUUUUGACAUUCUCCUUUUCCCCCACCACACUUUUUUCCCCGAUGGUUCAGGUCAAGUUUACAAAAAAAAAAAAAAGAGUUUAUCAAUGACAGUAUUCAAGCAAAAACUUUGAAUGCCGUUAAUAAUUUCCAGUUCAUUUUGCAUACACUGCCACUAAGAAGACGACUGUUAGUUGACCUCUUCCACUUCAAAACGAAGUGUGAUAAAGUUCUAAUUGCUCCAUGCUUUUUUUUUUUUUUUUUUUGGACAAAAAGAAAAAAGGAAAAUGGCAGAUUUUAGUAUGCAAACAGGCCCGAAAUCCAAGUUAAUUGCUGCUCCUCACAUGCUCACUUUGAGACUGUUAUCAGCUGUAGAAUCCAACAAUAUGUGGAUAUUUCUCUAAUUAUUAUUAUUUCUCAGUGAACAUGGGAAACGUUAAGCUAUUUGGAACCAUGGGCUAGAUUAGAUCAAAAGUGAACUGGACAAAAAUAACCUCCUAAAUGCAUAAAAAUGAUGUAUUUCCUGUUAGCGGCGACUACUAUGACUCAGUUGUUUGGGCCGGUGGGGUGACUAAAAUGCACUACUCCUGUUCCUAAAGCCCCACCUAGUGGCUCAAAUAGCUGUCCUUGUUUUUUGCCUGAUGGGAUAUACACAUAG